AUGUUAUCCCUUAAAGUUGGUUGUCCAGAUGAAUCUACCCAAUCUUUGCUUUCACGAUAUUGUCUUGCCCCACUAUCCAAUCAAGAUGGUUUUCUUGGGAAUCUUUUGACAAGCCUAUACAUUUACAAUCGCGGAUGGUUGAAUAAUAAUUCCAUAUUCAAUGCGUUGAGACACUGCUCAAAUUUAACCGAUUUGAAGAUUGAUGGAUUGAUUAUUUAUUCAUUAGAUGAUUUAAUACCUUUCCUCACAAGCAAAUGUCAGCAUCUCUACCUAGAGAAACCAAAGGGAUCUGGUGGAUCGAGUUUUGGCUGUGCUACAUCCUUUGUGACAAACUGCCCCAAUUUAGCUUCACUAUCACUUAUAGGUUUUGAGCUAAGUGAAAAAAUAGCCUGCGUUCUUCUUAAGGGUUUACGUAAGCUCAAGUAUUUGAACCUAUCAAGAACAGUUGGAGUAAACGGAGACUUUUUGAGGACCUUACAUGUGAACGGAGAUUACCUAACAACCGGGGUCACUGCAAUCCUCCUAGCACACCAAAGUUCUCUAUGGAAGAGCUGCUAA